GCUGCGCGCUGAGCAUCUGCGCUCUGGGAUUCCGCGGUUUUCACUUUUCAAAAAUAUGUUUCCACGGCUGUGGCUGCUGGGGCUACUGGCCUGCAGUUUGGUCAAUGCAGAAUAUUACAACACGAAAACCGCUGAUAAGGAUUUCUUGUUGAAACAGAAGAAGGUCUACAAUCUCCUCUAUCACAUCACCCAACCAGCCGAGAUCAACUACACGUGGUACGAAGAGGGUCAGAAAUGGGACAUCGAAGCGAACAUCAACUUGUACUCCAACCCGGCCGCGGUAAAGGAAUUCCUUUACAUGUACAAGAACGGUAUGCUUCCGCGAGGAGAAGUAUUCUCACUUUACUAUCCAUAUCUCCUUAAAGAAAUGGUAGCCCUGUUCAGGUUGUUUUACUAUGCAAACGACUUCGAAACAUUCUCCAAAACAGCCCUUUGGGCAAGAAACAACAUAAACGAGGGCGAAUAUAUCAUAGCCUUCUACAAUGCAGUAAUCAGAAGAGAAGACACUAAGUUCAUUCAAUUGCCACCCCCAUACGAACUCUGUCCAUACUUCUUCUUUAACUCAGAAGUCCUGCAAAAAUCCCAUCACCCAUCAGUUUUUGGCCUCCGUGAAACAAGUGGAGAAUACAAGACAUACAUACUCCAGGCAAACUAUUCUGGUUGGUACAUGAAUCGUGAAUACUACUUGGAAAAUAAGUUGAAUUACUUCAUGGAAGAUAUCGGCUUAAAUGCCUACUACUUCUUCUUCCGACAAUCAUUCCCAUUCUGGAUGUCAUCCUCGGAAUUUGGUUUUCAAGAUUAUCGCGGAGCAGAAUACUUGUAUGGGCAUCAACAAUUAAUGAACAGAUACUAUUUAGAAAGACUUACGAAUGAAUUACCUAAUCUCGAAGACUUCGACUGGGAGAAACUGUUCUAUGCUGGUUAUUAUCCUACUAUGACACACCAAAAUGGAUUACCAUUCCCUCAGAGACCAGAAUGGAGCAACUUCCCUAGCUACAAAUACAAAUACAUUACGGACAUCAAAGACAAAGAAUCGAGAAUAAUGUCUGCAAUUGAUACUGGUUAUGUAUUCGGCAAUGGUACUACCAAGUAUUACAUCUAUAACGAGGAUGGUUUAAACAUUCUUGGAAAUAUCAUUGAAGGCAACGAAGAUUCCUUUAACCAACAAUACUAUGGCAGUAUUGAUGCCCUUGGCAGGAAAAUCCUUGGUUACAAUCUAGAACCAUCAAGCAAGUAUAGAAUCCUUCCCAGUGCGUUGGAAAUCUUUUCUACUUCUUUAAGAGACCCUGCUUUCUAUCGUCUCUAUAAGAGAAUAGUGGACCUUUACUACAGGUACAAAAUGCAUCAGACACCAUACAACAAAGAUGAACUCAUCUACCCUAAUUUGAAAAUUGAAUCUUUCUCUAUUGAUAAACUCAUUACAUAUUUUGAGCAAUUUGAUACAACAAUCAGCAAUGGGUUGUUCGUGGAUGCACAAAAAGAUGACAAAUUGCCAUUAAUUAAAAUUAGACAGCCUCGUCUGAAUCACAAACCAUUUAAUUUCCACAUUACCAUCAAUUCUGAUAAAGCAACGAAAGCAGCUAUCAGAAUUUUCCUUGGACCCAAAUAUAAUUCACACCAUAAACUAUAUGAACUUCCAGACAAUCUUAAAUACUUCUAUGAAAUUGACAACUGGAUUCUUGAUUUGAAUGCUGGCCUGAACAAAAUUACACGUAAUAGUCAGGAAUGCUUCUUUACAAUCAAUGAUCAAGAACCAAGUGAAGUUUUCUAUAGCAAACUCGAAGCAUCUCUCUAUGGUGACAAAACAUUCAAUUACUAUGAAAGAAUCUUUGGAUUCCCAGAAAGACUGUUAUUACCAAAGGGUAAAAAAGAAGGGAUGCCAUUCCAACUGUUCUUAUAUGUUAGUCCAGUUUCUACGGAAUACCAAUUCACUUCCAGAAUAUGGGGUGAUUAUAAAUUUGACAAGAGACCAUUUGGUUUUCCACUAGACAAACCUCUUGAUAAUUUCAACUAUGAUGGACCUAAUAUGUUAUUCAAAGACAUUCUUAUUUAUCACAAGGAGGAAUUUGACAUAAACAUUACUUAUUAAUAACUUUCUCUUUCUCUUGUAUCUCUUACAUUUAUUUUUAUAAUAUUCACAAUUUUGCAAUAAACGUUACUUUCUUUAUCUUCCAA